AAGAAAAGAAAAGAACAAGGAGUUGCAGAAGAGAUGAAGCUAACGUGGAAUAAGAACAAGAGCAACAACAAGAAGCGGUCCAGGGAAGCUAUUGCAAGCUACCCUAAUCUUCCCUUUGAUCUACAAGAUCCCUCGCAUGAUGAUAUGCAGUUGCAGAAUCAAGAACACGCCCAUUCUCAACAUCAAGACAAGCCCUCUGCUGAUGCUUUGGAUUCUGACUUUAAACAACUUGCCCAAUUCUUCCAAGCCCAAGGCAACAAGCUUGCUGAGGAUGGGAAAUUCCGGGAAGCACUUGGGAAGUGGGAGACAGCACUUAAUUUGAUGCCUGAAAAUGCAGUUUUGCUUGAACAGAAGGCACAAGUUCUACUCGAGCUAGGGGAUGCAUGGAGUGCAUUGAAGGCAGCCACUCGAGCCACUGAAUUGGAAUCAUCAUGGGCUGAGGCAUGGAUUACUCUUGGUAGAUCACAAUUAAACUUUGGAGAGCCCGAUAGUGCCAUUGAGAGUUUUGGCAGGGCAUUAGCUAUCAAGCCUGAUUCUGUGGAGGCACAAGACGACAGGAAAACUGCAUCGCAUCUUAUAAAGAAAAGAAAGCAGCUUCAUUCUUCAGGCCUGAGUACUGAUAAAAACCGUUAUAUGGUAGGUGAUAGUACCGAGUCUUCUUGAUUUUACAUGAAGAGCAGUUGUUACUGACAGGAAGAAUGAUGGUAGAGUCACCAGCCCUCUGUAAUUGAGAAUUCAGUCGGUGGAUGAAGAUAUAGCAUGGACAAAGAUUCCUCAACCUAGCAUGGAGCAUGAACGAAGCUAUACAAUUGAAAAAUUUUGGAUUUGCUUAGAAUUUGUCAUCAAGGAAGAACUUUGUAGGCAUAAUAUCAGACAGUAGUAUGGGUUCUGAAAGCUUAUGCAAAUGGGGUGUGCUGUUUCGAUCUUGAAGGAAAACCUUUGUUAAAUUUAAACCAUGAGACCAUGUACAGAUAAAUUCUCCCAAGAGCAUGUAUGAAUAUUAGUCAUUGUUAGACAAAAUGGUAUAAACUAUUAAAUUAUGGCUAUUCAAAAGGCAAUUCUACUCC